AUGUCACAAAAUGGAGAGGAAAUACGCCAGCGCAUGGAAGAGAUGGAACGUCGCUAUCAGGAAUCAGAGCGACGACAAGAGGAAGAACGGCGACUACGAGAGGAAGCAGAGCGACGAGAAGAGGAAGAACGGCGACUACGGGAGGCAGCGGAACAGCAGUUGAGAGACACCACCCUCCCCGAGUUCCUCAAUGCGUGUCACGAACAUUUGUUUCUCGGUUUGGCCGUCCAACCGGAUAAAACGUCGAGCACAAAAGGCAGUCCGGCAAAUGCUGAUCACAAACUACGACCGAGUAGAAUCCAAGAAUGGACGACUUUUGCGGACGAGCAGAUGGCAAUAUGGGAGGACCUGAUGGGUGCAGAUUUUGUUACCGAACGUCACUUUACAUCAUUGUCGGGAUUAGAGGGCGCUGGGAGAGGAGUGAGGGAAAGGAUGCUCAGCUCAGAACUGGAUUUGGGCUACUUUCUACGCCAGACCGUGGAAUCACAUGUUAGCUCGGUCAUCAAACAACUCCAUGCCAAUCCACAACUACGGCGAAUAUUUCACCUCCAUGGAGACGUGACCUUUGAAAACCAUGCCAAUACACUGACGGAUGAAUCCGAAAUCGUGACUAAUAUGGGCUCCUUGAGCUUGGCGCAGGACAUGCCCCGUCGCUCAGAACGCUUAGCUGCAAGACGAUCCAGGGAGACAUCAAGUUCAACUUCACGACCUGAAAUGAUACAGACAAGUGCACAACCACUGCCAUCACUACCUCGGCCUCGAGCAGACCAGUUCUGUGUAUAUAAUCGGGGACUGGAGGAGAAAGUACCGGCUUUCAUUAUUGAAUACACGGCUCCGCACAAGCUAUCUCUAGCCCACAUCCAAGCUGGGUUACAGGACAUGGAGCUGGAUCCGGUGGUUCGCUAUCAGAAAGGCGAAUCACCGGAAGAUAAAUGUCGCCGUGUCGUGGCCGCAGUAAUUACGCAAUCAGUGGACUACAUGGUUCGUGGAGGAAACGAGUACGGCUAUGUGAGCACGGGUGAAGCGUUUAUCUUUCUUCGCAUGCUACAAGACGAUCCUUCUACUGUGUUAUAUUACCUCUCGGUCCCAAAAGAAGACGUUGGCGAUACCACUGGUUGGACUGGCAAUGUUAAUGAUGAUAAUCGGCUACAUUUGACAUCACUUGGUCAGGUUUUGGCCUUCACCCUGCGAGCAUUGCGAACGCCUCCUCGACCUCUUAAUUGGAGAUACUGGGCUAUGGCCCAGUUGGAGACGUGGGAAAUGGUAUACGAUCUUGUUUUGGACGAAAUUUCAGAAAAUGAUAUUCCCUCUUCUAUCUACAAACCACCACGAAGUCGGAUUGAGUACUGCAGCAGGUCUCCUGUGAAGACCAGAUCAAAAUCUAUGAUGGCCGUAUCCUGUCAGCUAUUGACAGGAUCAACGGUGUCGAAUUAUGACGAUGAUGACGAUGAUUCUGGGGUUUCCACAAGAUCGCAACAGACGGCUUCUAAAGGCAAGACUCAACGAUAUUGUACCCAACAGUGUCUUCGGGGUCUAUGCCAGAGAGGGCCGCUAGAUAAAAAUUGUCCCAAUGCCCAACAACAUGGAGUUGACCGACAUCAACUGAGCCGUGCAACGCUUCUCAAAUUAUUGCAUCGACAGCUCUCCGAUGAUGACCCAAGGCCCGACUCAGAGCUCGGGUGCGAAUCACUUCAUGUUCAUGGCUCACGCGGGGCCCUUUUCAAAGUCACACUCUUGUCUCAUGGAUAUACGUUUGUUGGGAAAGGCGUACCAGCCAACUUCAUUUCGUACUCGAGGCAUGAAGAAUCAAUGUAUUCGCAUCUUACCACUAUCCAGGGGUUGUUCGUACCAGUCAUACUAGGCAGUCUCGAUCUCCAUCGUCCGAUUUCAUACGAUGGAAUCGCUGAGAUGGUUCGCUUGACGCUUAUGAGCUAUGCUGGGAGAACCCUAGUCCACCAACACGGAGUUGAUUGGACUCAGAUUGUUCCACAAGCUGAAAAAUCAUUGCGUGCAAUUCAUGAACUUGGCAUCCUUCACAGUGAUGUCACGAUCCUGGGGAACAUUAUUUGGAACGAGGAGAAUAAUCAGGUCAUGUUUAUUGAUUUUGAGCGGGCUCAGUAUCAAAAACGGAGGCCAGCAGGUACCAUUCCCGCUAACAAAAAACGCAAGCGAGUGUUCAGUAUCUGGGAUAAAAGUCCAAACAAGCAGACUAAUCGUUUCGAGCGUGAAACAUCACGUAUGAUAUCUGCACUACGAUUUUGA